UUCUAGUUCUAGUUGUCAUAGUAACUAGGUAACCACUAAAAUAACAAUAAUGAUCAUUUGAUAAUGCCGUUGGCAUUUUUGUUUCUUAUAGUUAUGUUAACUAAGUGUAAAGAUGGAAAACUACUCUGUAACUGGAAGAAUAGGAGAGGGAGCACAUGGGCAAGUAUUACGUGGUGUGCAGCUGAAAACUGGAAUGGAAGUUGCUCUUAAGAAAGUCUUACUGAAGAAACUUGAUGAAGGAAUUCCGAAUUCUGUAAUAAGAGAGAUAAAAACUCUUCAGGAAGUGGACUGUAAAUAUGUAAUGAAGUUAGUGGACUACUUCCCUCAUGGUGUGGGGUUUGUGUUGGUGUUUGACUUGAUGCCCUCUGGCCUGUGGGAGGUCAUCCAUGACGUGGAGAAUCCUGUUACUGAGCCUCACAUCAAGACUUACAUGCACAUGUUACUGUCAGGAGUCGACUACCUUCACUCACACAACAUCAUGCAUCGGGACCUGAAGCCAGCUAACUUGCUGAUAAGCUCGACUGGAGAGCUGCGUAUUGCGGACCUGGGUCUGGGGAGGAUCAUAUGCUCCGACCGACCGUAUACUCACCAGGUGGCUACCAGAUGGUACCGACCCCCAGAACUGCUGUAUGGAGCCCGCAACUACACCAGCUCUGUAGACAUCUGGGCUGUGGGCUGCAUACUAGCUGAGAUGUAUAAUAAGUCUCCUCUUUUCCCUGGUGAGAGUGAUAUAGAGCAGCUGGCUCUGGUAAUCAGAGGGUUGGGAACUCCCAGUUGGCGAGGGAUCACUUCUCUACCUGACUACAACAAGAUAUCAUUCCCUCCCGCCAGACCUCAACCCUGGGAUACACUGGUGCCCGAUGUAGAGCCGUCUGUGCUGCAAAUCGUUAGUGCCCUGGUAACCUACGACCCGAGUAGUAGACUUACAGCAAGACAGGCAUUGAAUCACAACUACUUCUACACACAGCCAUUGCCUUGUCCGCUAUACGAGAUGCCUAGACCUCCAUCAGACCAUCGUCAGCGUCUCAGGCCUGCAGAGCUCAGAGUAGACAAGCCACCCUCGGAGCUGUUCAGAGAUCUCGACAAGCUAGUUAAUGGUUAACUGGACGAGUUUUAUUUAUUUGUCUUAUGCAUAGCAAUGAAUGUUAUAAAAUUUAUCUAUGUUCAACUCUUUUUUUGAAGUUUCCUUACAUCCAACCAAUUUUUAUAAAGAUGUAAGCCACUGUAGAUGGCUGGUUAUCUUCAGUAAUCCUCCAAGUGUUGCCUAAUCUACUCCUUGGUGGUACGUGUAUUUGAGUGAACUUUAAAAGUUACAUCUAAAAACAUCUACAAUAGUUUUUACUACUACAAGAAUGAAUAUGAAUUAUUGCAAAGUUCAACAAAUAAAGCUCAAAUUUUAAGAAUA